AUGCCCAUCCCCAUCAUCGCCACAGGUCUCAGGGAGGGCCUCUCGGCCAUCCCACAUGUCUGGACAAUCCUCCGGAUAGCACCGUGGGUGCUAGUCGUCGCCGCCCUGAAGUACUACUUCGAAGGCGCCCGCAACAGCUCCGAGCGAAUGAUGCGCUCGAAAGUAAUAAUGGUGACAGGCGGAACCUCCGGAAUAGGCGCCGAAGUAGUCCGCGAACUCGCAACGCGCGGCGCCCAAGUAAUCCUCCUAACCCGCCAACCACCCUCCGACAUCUACCUCUCCGAACACAUCGACGACCUCCGCAAAAGCACCAAAAACCCCCUCAUCUAUGCCGAGCAAGUGGACCUAACAUCGCUCUACUCCAUCCGCACCUUCGCCACAAAAUGGAUCGACAACAUCCCGCCCCGCAGACUAGACAGCAUAAUCCUGUGCGGCAGCACGACAGAGCCGUCCGCGCGCGCCCUCACAAUCGACGGCAUAGACCCCGAAUGGCAAACGAAUUACCUGUCGAACUUCCACCUGCUGAGCAUUCUCAGUCCGGCGCUGCGCGCCCAGCCGGCGCACCGCGACGUGCGUGUGAUUUUCGCUUCGUGCGCGAGCUACAUCGGCGGAGACUUCAGUGGUCUUGAGACUCUUGCGCGGGGGAAGGGGGUGGUUGUUUCGAAGCGGACGGGUGGGAAGCCUGCGCUGUAUGCGCGGCCCAAGGGCGUGUACGGACUCAGCAAGCUGUGCGUUAAUAUUUUUGCGCAGAGCUUCCAGCGGCAUUUGAAUGGGUAUGUGCGGCCUGAUGGACUGCCUGCUUGUACAAGGGUGAUUGUUGUUGAUCCUGGGGUUACGCGGACACCCGGGAUGAGGCGGUGGUUGACUGGGGGGUCGCUGUGGGGGCUUGUUGUUUAUUUGGUUACUUGGCCUUUGUGGUGGUUGGUGUUUAAGUCGCCUUCGCAGGGGGCGCAGAGCGAGGUUUGGGAGGGGGGAGGGGGCUGGUUGAUUAAGGAGUGUCGGGAGGUGGACUACGCGCGGACGGAUGUGAAGAGUGAUGAGGUUGGUAAGAAGCUUUGGCAGUUUAGUGAAAAGAUGGUUGAGGAGGCUGAGAAGGAGGGGGCUGUUAUUAGGGCUUUGGAGAAGAAGGCUAUGGAGGCUGAGAAGGAGGGUGCGAAGAAGAAGGAUGAGAAGGAGAAGAAAGAUGAAGGCAAGGAUGAGAAGAAGAAUGGGUCGAGGAGGAGUCGCAAGGCUCAGAAUCAGAAGAAGUAG